GAAGUGUAAUGUGCUUCUACCCGAUGUGAAGUGUAAGGUGCUUCCAGCAUAGGAGUUAGUUUGCCCGAGGUGCUCAGGAGUUAGUUUGGUCAGUUUUUAUUAAAGCCCCGAUAAGCUGCCGCACCUAGUCGACCACCUAGUCCGAGCAUCAAUCUUUCUACUUGAAGGAUGUGUCUAUUUUGAUGAGUCGUCAUCUGCAGCACGAGUUCUUAUUGUAGUGCUGAUUUUAUUCGUGAGUGAUCGGCGAGAAUUAUCGUAUGACUACGACUAGUAGUGAGCAGGAAUCAUCGUCUGCUAGGGAAAAACAGCUUUGCUUCGACUCGUCAUCCAUGACGUCCUGCGCUGCAUCCGCCACAAUAUGAAAAGUUACAGAGAAACCAAGAUAUCCGUGUAGAAGCUGUCACUUGGGGGCGCUAGUUCUUGUCCGACUACUUACUUCUUGUUAGGAUCGUCAUGUAAAAAUAGAAUAUAAACUCUUGCUCUUGGUCGUCCACGACCACCAUCCUCGCGCUCGCAGUCGCGUAAAUGCGACAUCAGCGAUACUAGAUGGGCAUGAGUGAGUUCAAUAGUCGUGUAUUUUCGCUUGCUUUAUAACUAAGGCUACGGGUUAAUAUAAUACGCAGUCUGCUUCACUAAUGUGCUCCUCAAUAUUUUCAACAUGAUAUUACUAUUACAUCGGUUGUCCUAGAGAUGUUCUAUCGUUGCCUCAAGUUGAGCAUGCUAUUAUUAACUACUACAUCGUUCUUUGGCUCGUCGUUUCUUGUUCUUUGCUUCCAGUUUUCCUAUGCUCUUCAGUUUUGAAAAAACUCAGCG